CCAAAUAAACAUACUCCAUUCAAGUUUUCACCCGUUGGAAAAAUAAACUUGAAAACGCCACAAGCUUCUUUUUAAUUUUUUGGAGCACAAGAGAACUCCUCGCUCUCCGACCAAAAAAAAUAAAAAAUACAACUCCUCUCUCUCUCUCUCUCUCUCUCUCUCUCUCUCUCUCUCUCUCUCGGCCUUGUACUGUUCUAUAUCUGUGAAUUUUCUAAAUAUAAAUAAAUAAUAAGAGGCUGAUAAUAAAUAAGGACCUGCAGGCUGUGGUUAUGCAAAGGCUGUUUUCUACAUUUCUCAAGCACUUGUGUUGCCAAGUUUAGACCUUUUUUGUUGUUGUUGCUUACCGUGGCGCAGAGGGGUUUAACUAUAAGCCUCCUGGGUUUUAUUUGAAAGGCGGAUUUGGGUUUGUUGUUUGGCUGGUUAGUGUGGGUUUUGUGCAGAGUUGGAAUUGAAGGCAUUGAUGGUUUUUUCUGCUUCACAUUCCGUGUUCAUUAUCUGCCGAGAUGCAGCUGGAAUCGCAGGGAACAUAUUUGCUUUUGGGCUGUUUCUUUCACCAAUACACACAUAUAGAAGAAUCAUCAGAAACCGUUCAACUGAAGAGUUCUCAGGGCUGCCAUACAUAUAUGCCCUUUUGAACUGCUUGAUCUGCACAUGGUAUGGAUCGCCUCUUGUAUCUUCUGAUAAUUUACUGAUCAUGACGGUGAAUUCAGCUGGUGCAGUGUUUCAAUUAGUCUACAUAGCCCUCUUCAUAAUAUAUGCUGAGAAAUCGAAAAAGGUGAGGAUGCUGGGAUUUCUGUUGGCAGAUUUUGGUCUAUUUGCAAUCAUAGUUUUUGGGAGCUUGCAAAUGACUGACCUUGUUAUGCGCCGGCUGAUUGUUGGACUGCUUAGUUGUGUUUCUCUCAUAUCAAUGUUUGCUUCUCCCAUGUUUAUAAUUAACUUGGUGAUCCGGACAAAGAGUGUCGAAUUUAUGCCAUUUUAUCUCUCCCUUUCUACCUUCCUAAUGAGCACGUCAUUCUUUCUUUAUGGAAUUUUUAAUUACGAUCUCUUCAUUUAUGUUCCAAAUGGCAUAGGAACCAUUUUGGGGAUUAUACAGUUAGCUUUGUACUUUUACUAUAAGGAUUCAUCUAAAGAAGACUCCAGAGAACCGUUGAUAGUUCCAUAUCCAUAAGUUUUGCCAACAAGAAAUCUGCACAUGUGUUGUCUUUGAAGUAAGAGAAGAUGUUAUCUUGACAUAACAAGGCAAGAAGGCUGAAGCGAAGAGUGGUGCUGAUUACCAACCCGAAAACUAAAAAUCAUGUUCUUCAGCCUGUCAAGCUCCUCUGUGGAAGUCAUCCUCCUCCCUCUCCCUCUCCCUCUCCCCUCCAUCUUCCGUUGUCUUUAUGUGACAGUGCAUCUGCGUGUAUCAUAGAUAUUUAGAAAAGUUUGUUAGUCAAAUUUUUCCUCGAUUCAUCUGUAGCAUUCAUGAAUAGGUAUGAGUUCAACAAAGUAAUUGUUUAAGAUCAUCAAAUCAACUUCUCGUCUUUGUCAAGUUGAAACCUCUAAAGCCUUUUUAUAUGGCUUAACAGCUUCACUAUGGGUAUCGAUCAAGGAAUAGAACCAAGUGAGGUCAAGGUCCAGAUAUGAAACCCACCCUGCGUGAUUCGUGCAAUCAAUAAAGUGCUGUGGUAUCAAUUUCACUGUCC